AAAUACAGUACAUUACAAAUGAAUAUAUCUACUCACAUAAAAACCCACAUUGUUCAUUUCCAGGACUAGCAAUAAGAAGUGUUAUGUGGAGAGGAGAGAAGAUUUUAGUUGGUACACAAGAUAGUGAAAUAUUUGAAAUAUUUGUGAGUGAACGAGAGAAGCCAAAAACCAUUAUGUUAGGACAUGCCGAGGGAGAACUCUGGGCAUUGGCUGUACAUCCUAAGAAACCAAUAUUUGCCACAGGAAGUGAUGAUCAUACAGUCAGGAUAUGGUCUAUGUCAGAUCGUGUAACAUUAUCUAGAACUACUUUAGAUGAAAACAUCAGGUCCUUAUCCUUCAAUGACGAUGGAACACAGAUAGCAGCUGGUCUCAGUGAUGGAUCAUUUGUGGUUCUUAAAACAAGAGACUUGGCUGAAAUAAUUCACAUCAAAGACAGGAAAGAAGUUAUCCAUGAGAUGAAAUACUCACCGUGUGGUAACUACCUUGCUGUGGGUUCCAAUGACAACUUUGUGGAUAUAUACGCUGUAGCUCAAAGAUACAAAAAAGUUGGGCAGUGUUCAGGAGCAAGUAGCUUCAUCACACAUAUCGACUGGUCUGAAGAUAGCAAGUAUCUGCAAACCAACAGUGGUGCAGGAGAACGUUUGUUUUUCAGAAUGCCUGCUGGUAAGCAUUUAACAAGUAAAGAAGAAAUUAAUGCUAUACAUUGGUCUUCAUGGACUUGCGUACUCGGGGCAGAGGUCAAUGGAAUCUGGCCUAAGUACACUGAUGUCAAUGAUGUGAAUGCAUGUGAUGCAAAUUUUCCUGGUGAAGUUGUGGUCACUGGAGAUGAUUUUGGCAUGGUUAAAUUAUUCAGGUUCCCAUCACUUAAAAAGGCUGCUAAAUUUAGGAAGUACAUUGGUCAUUCUGCUCAUGUGACCAACGUAAGAUUUUCACAUGAUAAACGCCAUGUUAUAACUACUGGUGGUGCAGACCAUGCUGUAUUCCAGUGGAAAUACUUGCCAGAAGGCGUUGGUGCUGACGAUGACACUGUUCAGGGAACAGGUUAUGUUGAUUCGAACAGUGAAGAAAGUGACUCUGACAUGUCUGAUGUUGGUGAGAUUGAUUCCGACAUUGAACGAGAAAACACAAUUAACUAUGAUAGAGUGGUGUAUAAAGAUGAUAUGACAGCAAUCAAGGCCAAGAAUAAAGCUGACCUCAAAGGUAGUGGACAGAAAAGAAACAAAGCUCCCAGUGAGGGAAUCAAACUAGAGUUUAUACAUGGAUAUCGAGGCUACGAUUGUCGGAACAAUCUCUUCUACACCCAGAAUGCGGAAGUGGUAUAUCACGUGGCUGCUGCUGCUAUCAUUUAUGACAAAACUAAACAUUCACAGAGAUUCUACCUUGAACACACGGAUGAUAUUUUAUGUUUGUGUAUCCAUCCUCUGAAGGACAUUGUGGCAACUGGACAGGUUGGUCGAGAUCCUACAAUCCAUGUUUGGGACGUUAACGAUUUGAAAACAUUGUCUAUCCUCAAAGGAGAACAUCAAAGAGGUGUAUGUGCUGUUGAUUUCUCUGGUGAUGGUAAAAAACUUGCUAGUGUGGGCUUGGAUGACAACCAUACUAUUGUGAUAUGGGACUGGAAAAAAGGAGCCAAGUUAGCGACAACCAGAGGUCAUAAAGACAAAAUUUAUGUUAUAAAGUGGAAUCCGCAUGCAGAAGAUAAACUUGUCACUGUUGGUGUAAAACACAUCAAAUUCUGGACAGUUGCCGGUGGAGGUUUAACGUCCAAAAGGGGUACAUUUGGUAAUGUGGGUAAGCUUGAUACCAUGAUGUGUGCGACAUUCGGUAAAUCGCCUGAAGUAACAUAUACAGGUGGUGCUAAUGGUGCAGUCUAUAUAUGGCAAGACGUCACGUUGUCUAAGACAGUCAAGGCACAUGAAGGUCCAUGCUUUGCUAUGCAUUCACUGGAUAAGGGUUUUGUUACUGGAGGUAAAGAUGGAGUAGUCGGUUUAUGGGAUGACAGUUUUGAACGAUGUCUGAAGACGUAUGCGAUUAAACGCACAAGUUUAGCUCAGAACACCAGAGGGCUUCUAUUCAAAGAUAACCCCCCUGUUAGGUCAGUUAUUCUCGGCCAUGGUCAUAUUCUUGUGGGAACUCAAGGAGGCGAUAUCAUGGAAAUUGAAAAAAGUGGACCGAUCAGCAUACUCACUCAGGGACACAAAGAAGGUGAGAUUUGGGGACUAGCAACUCAUCCAACUAUGGAAAGGUGUGCCACAGUCAGUGAUGACUGUACACUACGUGUUUGGGAUAUUGGAAAAGAUCAUCGACUAGUAGGUGGAAAAAUACUCCAAUCAGCUGCUAGAGCAUGUGGUUACUCACCUGAUGGUAAAGCUAUUGCUGUGGGAUUUAAAAAUGGUAGAUUUUGUGUUGUGAAUGCAGACACUUUUGAAGAGAUUGCUACAUUUCAACACAGAAAAGAAAAUAUUUCAGACAUAAAGUUUUCUCCAGAUCCUGGUAAAUAUUUGGCAGUUUCAUCACAUGACAAUUUUGUUGACAUUUAUAACAUAAUGAACAGUAAGCGAGUGGGGACAUGUAAGGGAGCAUCAAGUUAUGUCACACAUCUUGAUUGGGACAAACGAGGUAAACUUAUAAUGCUGAACUCGGGUGCUAAGGAACAGCUAUUUUUUGAAGCUCCAAGAGGUAAGAGACAAACUGUACGUAAUGAAGAAAUACUCAAAAUGGAUUGGGAUACAUGGACAUGCGUGUUGGGACAGACUUGUGAAGGAAUAUGGCCACCUAAAAGUGAUGUUACAGAUGUUAAUGCUUCAAGUCUGAGUGGAGACAAGAGAAUAUUAGCUACUGGAGAUGAUUUUGGAUUUGUCAAAUUAUUUGAGUACCCAGUAAAGGGAAAGAAUGCCAAGUACAAAAAGUAUGUUGGACAUAGUGCUCAUGUUACUAAUGUAAGAUGGAGUCUGGACGAUAGUAAAUUGAUAUCGGUUGGUGGUGCUGAUACAUCUGUUAUGGUAUGGUCACAUCGGCAAGCUGGUGAAAGGAACAAUACCCGUGGUAAUAGUGACGACUCUGAUACUGACUCAGAAGAGGAAGGAGGUUAUGACAGUGACGUGCAACGAGAGAAGGCUAUUGACUAUACUACAAAGACCUAUGCUACUAACCUGAGAGAGACCAGUGGUGUAAAACCACAUUUGCAGCAGAAUACAGAAGAGGACAGACCGGCUGUAAGCAGAGGAUCGUCCAACCCACCUAAAGUGAAACGCAACGAAACUACAAAGAGAAAGAAAGGAGACAUCAAUGUAAGAGACUUCCAUAACUUUAUAAAUGAAUGCAUUUGUAUAUAUGCGGCACAUAAGAAGUAUGUUGGACAUUCAGCCCAUGUGACCAAUGUCCGAUUUACGUAUGAUGAUCGUUAUCUUGUCAGUGCUGGUGGUGAUGAUUGUUGCUUGUUUGUAUGGAAGACACACUAG